AGUCUGCUGGGGUCCCCUCCGGGGGCAGCGUUCAUACCCCGGGACGUAGAAGAAACCUCCGUCCUCAGAAGGCAGUACUGGAACCUGUGUGGAAGUUAAGAAAACUGUCCCCUUGGUGGUGGCCUGAGGAGAUUAUCUCAACCCCAAUGUGGCCCUGAAAUUUGUAUUCAAGAUUCAAGAAGAUUAGGACUACUAAGAUGCCUCAGGAACAGUACACACACCACCGGAGCACCAUGCCCAGCUCCGAGGGGCCACAGGUCUACAAGGUGGGCAUUUAUGGCUGGCGGAAAAGAUGCCUGUAUUUCUUCGUCCUGCUCCUGAUGAUUUUAAUACUGGUGAACUUGGCCAUGACCAUCUGGAUUCUCAAAGUCAUGAACUUCACAAUUGAUGGAAUGGGGAAUUUGAGAAUCACAGACAAAGGUCUAAAACUAGAAGGAGACUCAGAAUUCUUGCAACCUCUCUACGCCAAAGAAAUCCAGUCCCGACCAGGUAAUGCCCUGUACUUCAAAUCAGCCAGAAAUGUUACAGUGAACAUUCUCAAUGACCAGACUAAAGUGCUAACUCAGCUCAUCACAGGUCCAAAAGCCGUAGAAGCUUAUGGCAAAAAGUUUGAAGUAAAGACAGUUUCUGGAAAAUUGCUCUUCUCUGCAGAUAACAACGAAGUGGUGGUAGGAGCUGAAAGAUUAAGAGUUUUAGGAGCCGAGGGCACAGUGUUCCCUAAAUCUAUAGAGACACCUAAUGUCAGGGCAGACCCCUUCAAGGAACUAAGGUUGGAGUCCCCGACCCGGUCUCUGGUGAUGGAGGCCCCCAAAGGAGUGGAAAUUAAUGCAGAAGCCGGCAAUAUGGAAGCCACCUGCAGAACCGAGCUGAGGUUGGAGUCCAAAGACGGAGAGAUUAAGUUAGAUGCUGCGAAAAUCCAACUACCUAGACUGCCUCACGGAUCCUACACACCCACAGGAACGAGGCAGAAGGUCUUCGAGAUCUGCGUCUGCGCCAAUGGGAGAUUAUUCCUGUCCCAGGCAGGAGCUGGUUCCACUUGUCAGAUAAACACAAGUGUCUGCCUUUGAGAGACCAUCCAUAGUGGACGUUGUCGGCAUCAGAAAGGCCGUUUUUGGCUUUAGACCCUGGCUGCCAGCUAUUUUUACUAGAACACAGAAAGCCUAUCAAAGACCUUGUGUGUGUGUGUGUGUGUGUGCGUGCGUGCGUGUGUGCAUGUGAGUGUGUGUGUGUGUAUGCGUGUGGGUGGAUAUAAAUAUAUAUAAAUAUAUAUAAAUAAAUAUAUAUAUAUCCUCUGUAUAAAAUGAGGUUUCAGUACAAAAGGAACCAUGGGUGACCCUGUGAUACACCGUCAUUUCCAUGUCAACCCCACCACCUACAUGAUAAGAUCAAAAACACUGAUGCAGGCCCAACAUUCCUCACACCCUUCCAAAUCACACAGUAUAUCAGACACUUAACCGAAUAUUCACCAACAUGUUUGAGGAGCCAUGUGUCUUCCCCUUUAGUGUCAUUACAGGGCAGUGAUGGCGGGAAUCUCCAAGUGACGCUUGAGCAGUGAGACCCUUGUAUUGAAAUAGACAUUUUGUUUCCAUUUUUAGCUUUAGGAAGGCUGGCCCACAUCCCCCUUUUCAAGCAAGGGAUGGGGCAGUGCCACAGAAGUCAGCUGCAGGAACACAAAAGGGCUGUUCUCCCUGCACGGCCAAAUGUACUGGGGCUUUUGUAGUUGCAUGAAUGUGGAGGAUGAAUUUCAGUGAAGUUUAAACUGCUCACCCAACUCCUGCUAGCCUCCUUCAAAUAUCACGUAUUAUCCCACAGUCAAAAUAGGAGUUGUAAAUCAGCACAAAAUAGGAUAACAGCUGCUCCUCAGUUGGCUGGAAGCGACUCCGUGGCCUGACAAGCAAAGAACACAUGGGUGGUGUGUCUCUGUUUAAAGGACAAAAUGGCUCCAAGUCUGCUUCAUCCUCACUUCUGACUUUAUCCAGCAGACUCCAGCCCCAAGUGAUCGGGUCCAUCAAAACCGUUAAGAGAGGAACCCCUACCUGAUGAGAAGCCAUUGAGGGACAGAAACCUGAUUAAGAACAGCAUAGAAAACCUAAUUAAUUUUUCUAUGUAUCCUGGGAUUGGUAGGUAAUUUGGAGACUCGCCUUUUCUUUCUAAAGGCAUGCACAAACUCUGGCUUCCAUCUUCUUAUAUAUAUAUUUGUUGGGUUAUUCAUACUCCUAAGGUCACCGUUAUGUUUUCUCCAAGAAUAGUGACCCAAGAAUCACAGAUCUGAAAUGUAGGCCCCCAGAAAUGGUCACUGGAAAUUAAUAUAAACUGAGUCACGCGUCUCUCUCAGGCUCACUGUGUUCCCACGGCCCAGCAGCAUCAUGACUCGAUACGUGGAAGCGGCUCCCCGGUUCCCGCCAUCAGCUACCUCUCACCCCUCCACCUUCAUCUUCGCGCUCCAGGGUCACCCUGGCCAGCUCUUGUGCUGGGACAGGGGAUUACACCAUCUCUGUUCAAAGAGGGGGAAAUGUGCCUAUGCCUUAAGUCAAUGCACUCAGCAAGGAGAAGCACAUCCUGUUUAUCUUAUUGUUACAACUGUAGUUUAUUUUGGGUGAUUGGAGGGGAAGGGUUCAGUCAUGAGUGGGCCUCUUAAAAGCUGGUAGACAAACCAAGUGGCUGACAGAAGUGGCCUCUCCGGAGCCCAAAUGGAGUCAUAACUGGCUUAGACAGUCCCGGACGCCAUUUGCCAAGCAGCGGCCCCACGACCCUAAAUGAGGUUGUAUUUGUAGGCCCGAAUGACAUUUGUGUUUUCUUCAAGGUUUUAAUUUUUCUUACUUCACAAGCGGGGGAAGAUUUGUCAUUGGAAAUGAAUAACAGAUUUGAUAUUUUUGAGAGGACACUCCAGCGUCAGGCUGAGGUUUGCAUACAAAGGAUAUAAAAGUAAGCUGUGUGUUGCUUAGUCACUUAGGAGCGAGUGGGGGCCAAAAUGGGGGGGGGGUUCCUAGCCUGACCAGCAGCCCUGCUGGCUUCCAGACCCUAUAUUCCCUCCAGUCACUCCUCCUCCAUAUCCCAUGUAGAAGAAUUGAGUUGUUCAAGGGCAACAACUGCUACUUAGUUUGUAGCAGUAGAGGCUAAAAAGGAAAACCCUAAGAAGGUGUCAAGUUGCUUUGGAUUGGCAUUAUUUCUAUCCUGUAGGAUCCGACUGCUAACAUAUGCCUGUAUUACAUACAGGGUUUUGCCAAAUAGGAGAGCUGCCCCCCACCCCCACUUGUCUACGAGGAACAUCUUCCCCAUGUCAUUCAGACAAACAGUAGUAGCAGUGAGGCCCUCUGUGGCUAAAUACCUUAACACAAAAUGUUUUUGAGCAGACAGACCAUCUUUGUGUUUUGCCAUCCCAAGUACAGAAUCUAUGGAUGACAAGAAAAACAAAAGGUUCCCUAAACCUCUUUCCUCUGAUUUUGUUCUAAUCAUCAUAGGAAAAUCCGAGAUCAGAACCUUGGGGAUUUUAUGCCAAUAAAACAUAGUUAUGUGAUCCUUUGCAGAAUUCAAUCCUAAAGGGCAUCAGAUCACAAAUAGGAAAAAAUAAUAAUAGCAAACCAAGAAUGAAAUCAAGCACCUGUGGGGGACAGACAUGAUAAAAAAAAAAAAUUCUGAUUUUCAUUUGUACUAAGUGACUCCAAAUGCCAGGUAAUAGGCAGGAAACCUGGCAUGGACUAAAUUAUGUAUUUCAGUUCAGACUAUGGAAAUCAGUAAAAUGCAUUCAAAGUACCUCAAUGUACAUUUUGUUCUCCCAACUUCCUCCAACUAGAAUACUUGUCCAUGGUCAUAAGAGAAAGUUUUAAUUCUGGGGAAAAAAAAUCUUCUACAUUAAAAUCCGAUAAACUUUCAUUUUAAAAAGUGAGAUUCUUUCUAAUCUCUCUAUAUAAUAUCUUCUAGACAAUCACACUCCAGCAUAUUAAACAGCAGGUGGCGUGACAAAAGAGUUCAAGUGAAUCAAUAUUCUAGAAGUUCUAGUAUGCUAAUAGUCUUCAGAAGAUUUUUUUUAAUUAAAAAGUGAUCUCCAAAUAUGUUUAGCACUCCGUUCUAUUUGUUAUGUGUUCAACAAGUCUUAAAAGUUCAGUCUUAAACUACUAGCGUAUGAGAAAGUUUUUCAAAAGCUCUUAUGGUGGUGUCUCUGCAGGUGGAAACUUGGUAUGAGGCUUUCUAAUUGUUCCGUUACCCAAGGGAUGGAUCUUAUAAACUUGAAUUGGCUUUAACUUCUUUUAGGUCCGUUUCCUUUGGAUGAUUUUCACUGUAUAUCCAGCAACCAUAGACCAAAGAUUGCUUAAAGUUUAAUUCUAGAGCAGGGGUCAGCAAACUGUGGUCUCUAGACCAAACCUGGCUCAUCACUAGUCUUUGUAAAUAAAGUUUUAUUGUAACACAGACAACAUCCUUUCAUUUCCAUGUUGUCUGUGGCUGAUUUCAUUCUAUAACAACAGGGUCGGGUAACUGUGCCAGAGACCUCAUGGCCUGCAGAGCAGAAAAUAUUAUUUGGACCUUUCCAGAAAAGUUUGCUGACCCCAACAUAGAGGUCAUUUGUGCUAGGUGUUGGACACAGCUGGAAGGAAAGAAAACUCCACAGUAGCAUGGAAUCACCCUACAUUUCUCUGUGUGCUUAGGAAUAUAAAUUCUUGCCUAAAGAAGAAGAUUAGCCUUAUGUUUUGAGUAAAAGUGAUCCCCUUGUCUGAGAAAUGCAGGUUCACAGGAUUUGUGGGAAAAGGGAGGGUGGAGUCAGGGGAAAGACUUCGUGCAAAAGGAAAGCUGUGCUCCUCCAAUAGUUUUUUCCUUAGGACCCUUAAUUAGAGAAUGGUUCCUUGGGUUGGUAUCUUGGAGGGCCAGAAGAAAAGCAGAGGUCCUAUGGUUUAAAUUUAGAAUUUCUAAAGGGACUGUUUCUGCAGUGUCAUAGGUUUUCCACCUCACCAUCACAUAUUCCAGAAAGAUGCUCGUUCUAUGGUCCUCCAGAGAGUAUCUUUGACCAAAUGUGUCUUGUGAACAUCCAUCAAUUAGUUAUUUACACCUCCAGUGCACUCGCCAUUCCUGUGUCCCCGCCUGGCCUGAAGGGUUGGUGGGACCAAUAAAUAAUAUUGGAGGAGAAAUACUGGAAGCAGCAUCUUAAAAAUAUGUAGGAAGAGAAAAUAUAGUAAACAUCUUUCAUGAAAGUGUUUAGUGGGGAAACCAAAUCAAUGCCAGUUUGAUUUUGUUUCCAAGGAUUUGGGUCUUUUUUGUUUGGUGUAGCAGGAGCGGGGGAAAAAAAAAAAAAAAAGACCUAUUUUGAAUUUUUGAAUUCCAACAUCUCUGCCUUUGUGUCAUAAGACAAGUUCCUACCAGAGAUCUGUUCCUUCAGUCGACAAAUCUACUGCUAAAUCCAUUCUCAUAUUACUGAAAAAGCAUCAGUAAUGAGUGAAUCUUUGUAAGCAUGAACGUUCAUGUCAGAAAAGACUUUUUUUUUUUUUUUUUUUUUUUUAAUGAAAACAACCAGGAGCAUUUACCAGACCCCAAUCAACAUCACUUAAAAAGCCCUUCUGCAUUUUAUCUGGAUUCAAACAAAAGAGGAUUAAAUUGGCAGCAGAAGGAGCUAUGUGAGAAUAUCUUGCUUUUGUUGAUUUUAGGCAAAAGGUAGCAUGAUGUUUGGACCAGAUUGGUGAACAGAUCCCUGUAAGCUCUUGAUCCUUAUUUUUUAAGGCUCUGUGAAAGGUGAGAAUCUCAUUGAAGUUGUAAACAAAACAAGAUGGUUCUCUCUCUUUCCCCUGCACCAGAAAAUCUUAGGCCCGAAAAGGAUAAUGAAGCACCUCCUAGAAUGAUAUGUUUGCAUGGUGGCCCACUAGCAGGUUGGGGGUCGGGGGGAGUUAUAAUAAAAGAAACAACCUUAGAAAACAGGCCUUUUAUCUCAAAGAUAAAAAUGUCUCUCUUUCAGUCUUUCAUCACUUUUUCCUCAGGGGAAGUUUCCCCCACUUCCACCUUAUUUCCAUUAAAAUCGUCAAAACUACUGCAUUGGGAUGUCAGAUGCAUCUCUUUCUUUGUGGCAAUCUGAAUUUAAAAUUAUACAGUUGCCUCUGAAUUUCUCAUUCACAAAGCUAAACCCACUGAUAAGAGAUAAAGCAGUUGAAGCCUGCUGCUUCACCCAGCACACCACACCACACACAUUAGCCCUUUCAAAAGCAAUGGGAUUUCUGUGGUUCUUAAAAGCUUUCUUCAUAACAGAGUCCUUGAAACUUCCCAAGUCAGGGCUGGAUGGGCAAAGGGAAAAUCACUAUUUGUGGGAAGUCUUUGUUUUGAGUAUUGUUAGUGCACAAGUGUGGGGGAAAAAAAACCCUCCAGUUUAGGGGGACCCAUGCUCACAUAUGCUAUUUGCUUUGGUUUUACCACACAAACACACCCCUGCCACACACGCACUUCUUGUUACAGAUACUGACAGAGUAGGAAAUUGGCAUCUUCCUUUGAGAAAAGAGAGCAAUUCCAGAAUGUGGGGCCCUUUGAUGCACUCGGUGGUAUGGUGUCCUAACAAUAUUGAUGGUAUCCAAUCCAUCCCUUAACAGUCUCAGUGGUCCAACAACAUUGCUAACUGGUUCUCCAUCAUAGCCCAACAAGUCCUAAUAGCAGUUCCUUGUCCUUGUGUUUGGCCAUUGGAAUAGAACAAAGGAGAACUUGCUGUAGGCAAGAAGUACAUUUAGAGUCCAAAUCCACCGGUCUAUAGACUAGGAAGCCAGAGCACCCCCAAAUUCUCCAUUAGGCGUGUAGACACCCUUAGUAGCGAAUGAGGGGUUUUGGUUUCAUCACAGAGUGCUAGCUGAGGUCAGAUAAAUAUAGCAAGCAUGAAGACGGAAUCAUCUGUUUUACCUAAAAUUUACUCCACGUACUAGGUAGGCUAGUAGUCUCUCUGUUGUCAAUGUCUUCACAGUCUCCUCCUACAUUUGGGUUAUGCUGGUGAAAUCAGAGUUAGCUCAGACUUCAUCUGAUGUGAGAAAUUACUAGCUGAGCACUUAGGUUACACAGGAGCAGUAUAGCAAAGGAGUGUCCUAAGGCAAGAGGGUGGUAUUUGUUGACGAGGAAGAUGUUGGUGUAUUAAUCCCCAUAUUCAUCCAAUUCAGGAGAUUCUAAAUUUAGAGGUUUUAGGUUCUUUUGAGAAUCUGAGCAAAGUUCUCAAUCUUGUCCCCAAGCAUCCCACCCACAAAACUUUACAGAAGAUCAAAGCAGUUUUCUUGGACCUGAAGCCUACUUUAAGAUAUGACAAAAAUUGGAUUCUGUUCUCCAGUAAUAAUUUUUAUUAACUGAUAUUUGUUGAACACUAUUUGCUAGGCAUUGUGCUAAGUGUUUUAUAUGCUUUCACUUAUUUCACCCUCAACACAAUCCUUUGAGUUAAAUUCCAUUGUAGUUCCAAUUUAUGGAUAUGGAAACAGGUUUUAAGAGAUUAGGAAACUUGCCCAAAGCCACUAGCUAGACAAUGGCAGAGUAGAAUGUGGGUCUAACUCUAACCUACUGUGAUAUGAAGUCACCAACAUGUCAAACUAUUUUUCCAGCUAUUGAGAAGUGUCUCCUACCAGCUUUGAAACUAAACCUUUUGGAUGGAUAAGGCUGUAAAACUUUUAUUUCCCUUCUCUCGAUAGUCUCUCAUCCAUGACAGCACCUACUACAAAAAUAGAGAUACCUGCAGUGAAAAUAUAAGUGACCUGUCUGAACAAUAGCAUGUGAAACAACAACAACAACAACAAAAUUGUUCUAUGUGUGAUUCUUGUUAAGUCAGACUUCUUGUCCUUAUAAAAUGAAAGCUGAGUGGGUUAUUAGCUUUACAUUGAAGAGAAAAUUAUAAUCCUCAGUGAUCUGUAAGCAUGGGCUAAGCAAGUCAGCAUUUCCACACACAUACAUCUCCUUCUAUUCCUCACUUCAAAAAACAAACAUCUUAUUUUAGGUGAGGUCUUGGUUAUCAUACUUCAUGACCUUUACUUGUUAGCAAAACUUAGGGGAAGAAUCAAGUAGAAGGGAGCUCCAUCUCUAUUGUGGUCUCUAUUUCCCUUUAAGAAGAUAGGACUAGCCAGAACUCAGUUAGCAUUAUGCAUUCAAUACCCAGACUGGCCACUUUGGCUCUACUAAUGGCUUGAGAACCAUACCCCAUACCUUGUCAAUCAUCACUAAUGGGCCAUAACCCUCUCCAUUUUUGGCAGCAAUUCUUCUUGCCCAAGCUCUCAGGCCAUCACUAUCAGUUGAUCGAAAUAGGAAAUGGGACCCAUUUGCCCAUUCUUGUCUGAGCUGUGGCUCCCUUUGACCUUGAACCUAUAUGUUUUAACUGGUGUCCUAGAUUCAGCAGUGAGGUUGGUGGCAUUCCAACUACUAAAGGAGAAGAUGAGUACAUCUGAAGUUUCUUACAACUUGGUGGCUUUGGAGCACUUUGAUCUUCUGAGCAAAAGGACUAGGGUUUGAUAUGUAAGAGUUAAAAGACCUAAAAUCAUUUUGAAGAAUUAACUCAGCCAGGGACCAUCUGAAGAGAUGAUAAACCAGGGUGCCCAUGUUAAGGUCCUAGUGUCAUACUGUCCCCACCCAGAGCUGAGAGACCACAGCAGCAAAAAAGAGACUUGGAUUCAUCCUGCUUUUCUUGCUGGCUCAACAGUACAUUGGUGAUCCACUGGGUGGUUGGAGACAGUGCUUCCCACUGUUCCCAACAGACAAGAGCCCCAGUGCCAGCCAUGGUCCUCUAAUGCUCCUGUGUUUCAACCACCACAUAAAAUCUGAGUAAAAGCAUGAGCUCCAAAAUGUAAAACCCUAUUUUAGGGUAAGUCAUUCAGGAAUUUUCUUUUACUGGUGUAUGUGUUCCAGUGGCAAAUCAGAAUUGGAUACCCUUAAUGAGUCUCGUGGAAUGAACAUCACCAGAGCCAGAAAUCAGAUUCGCUGGUAAGAAGGGAAGAUGUAAGCAAAGUAAAGGGAAGUGUUGGCACACCUGAAUUUGCGGUGGACACAAAAUUAACCUAAUUUGUAUCCAGUGUUAUGGUGAGUAGGGAGAUGGAAUUUUUAUGUAUUAGCUACAUCCUCACUCAAGUUUCUCCCUUUUGAGGACACAAAGAUGGAGAAACACAUCUGUUAAGGAGGGCAUGUUUUAAAAGGCAAAGGUAGAGGCAUCCAUUAUCACGCUGGCUAGAUAUACUCCUGGAGAAGCCAGAUUCUGGUGCUUUUAACAGAAAAAAUGAGGUCGUAGAAGUCCCAUCUGCUUGGAGAUUUUGAAAAAGGAACCCCAUUCCCAUAAAACAAUUGAUUUCAGCCUUUGGGUUAUUUUUGGGUUUAUUUUUCUCUGGGUUUGGGUGUGAUGUAAGAGGAAGAACUUUAGUUUUGUUUUGUUUUAAGUAACAUCGAUCCUUGCACACUCUAUGCAAAAAUUUUGUAAGCAUUGCAAUAAUGCUAUGAACUACAAGGAACUAUUUUAACUUUAUUACACUUUCUGUAUAAAAAAAUUUGUAUUUAAUAUUAU